AUGAAUGAGAUGGCCAGUGAUUUAAGGGAGGCGAGGGGAGCGGGGGAAGGGGGGGGGGGGGUCUGGUUCGCACUUUCGUUUUCUUCGGACGGCGCGGCGUCAGCCGAUUUCACCGCACCACCGGUGUUAGAUCUGUUCGAGUCGCUGGACACGCAAGUCGAGACGAAGAGCUGUCCAGGGGUGUGCAUGCACACGCUUACCGCCCUCAUUUGCAGCAAUGUUCAAGACGGUGCCGAAUGCCCGAAAGGCAUGAAGUGCUGCAUGGAUGAACCACUGGAAAACGAGACCGCUAUCACUACCAGGCGGCCUUUCACCACGCGGUACACUACCACGGAGUCUGACGAAGAUGAGACAACCACCCUGGCUCCCGACAGACACAAAGACAGUGGCAACAUCGCGUGCCCGGACGUGUGCGUGGUGGUCCAGCUAGCCCAGUACUGCCAGGCGUACCUCACCACGCCCAAGCUCUGCGUCAGCGGCCGCGUGUGCUGCGUCACCAAAGACUUCUACGGAGACAACCCGCCGGAAGACCUCGUCAUACCAAACGAGAAACACCACCAUACCAAGAAACCGAGCACCGCACUUACUACGAUACCGCCCCCAAAGAAGAAAAUAGAGCGCGAGUGCCGCGGCGAGUGCAUAAGCGGGCUGUUCGUGCUGCUUUGCGACCACGUGGACGAGCAGGGCAGCUGUGCCGAUGGCGGCACCUGCUGCAUCACAGACACCAAGAACACCGACACCACGACCAGACGGCCUACCACCACGCCGCGCCCCACUACGCCUGCCCCACUUCCGCGCUGUCCCAGCUUCUGCCUGCCAACGGUUAUGGCCGCCUUCUGCAAGUACCCCUCCGAGAUCAUAUCCUACACCAACUGCAAGUUGGCGAACAUGUUCUGCUGUGACAACACCAGAGCAGCGAAAACUCCGCGUCCCACUACGCCACGCACCACCACCACGACCACCACGCCGGCACCAGCCGACCCUCGGCUAGACUGCCCAGGGUCUUGCGUGGUGCCACUACUCUCUUUCACGUGCUUCCACAACGCCGAGAUAACGGACGUGUUCAAAUGCAAGAAGGCUGGGACGCAGUGCUGCGCGCCCAAGUCCAAGAUCCUGGAGGUGGUCGGCGCGCCCGAGAGGAACGACACCUACCCCCUGACCACCACCACGCUGGCGGCGUUCACCCACUACACGCCCACCACCCACGCCGUGGUGUCGCAGCACACCACUCCCAUCGACCGAAUCGCCUAUCCAUACGAACCAAGCUACGGGUCUACUUUACGUAUACCGGAGAAGUACAAUAAGUACGUCUGCGGCGUAAAAGGCACGUCGUCGCGCGCCGGCCGCGUGAUGGGCGGGGAGGACGGCGAGCCCGGCGAGUGGUGCUGGCAGGUGGCCCUCAUCAACAACAACAACCAGUACGUGUGCGGGGCGGCCCUCGUCGGCACCCAGUGGGUGCUCACCGCCGCCCACUGCGUCACCAAUAUUGUGCGCUCUGGAGACGACUACUUCGUGAGGGUUGGGGACAACGACCUGACGCGGAAGUACGGCUCGCCCAGCGCCCAGACCCUGCUGGUCGCCACCACCUACAUCCACCACAACCACAACAGUCAGACCCUGGACAACGACAUCGCUCUACUCAAGCUCAAGACUAAAGCUGAACUAAAGGAUGGCGUCUGCCUCGUGUGUCUGCCAGCGCGCGACGAGGAACAUGCCGCCGGGAAGCGCUGCACCGUCACCGGCUACGGCUACAUGGGCGAGACCGGUCCCAUCCCACUGCGUAUUCGUGAAGCCGAGCUGCCGAUAGUCAACGACUCGGAAUGCGUGCGGAAAGUGAACGCUGUCACAGAGAAGGUGUUCAUUCUGCCGUCGAGCUCUUUCUGCGCCGGCGGUGAAGAAGGGAACGACGCUUGCCAGGGUGACGGCGGCGGUCCGCUGGUGUGCCAGGACGACGGGUUCUACGAGCUGGUGGGGCUGGUCUCGUGGGGCUUCGGCUGCGGCCGCCAGGACGUGCCCGGCGUCUACGUCAAGGUCUCCUCCUUCAUCGGCUGGAUCAAUCAGAUCAUAUCCGUCAACAACCCG